CUCGGCGUUAUUUUUCCAGAAGGUUCACGAAUUCAGGAACAAAAGUCGCAUCACCGAAACCGCUACGAACUUUCUUGCCAACCAAACAGUGUUUGAUCUCUCUGCAUAGGUCCGCUUUAUUUCUGUCGCGGUAUACGCGUGCAGCUUCGAGUCUUCGUCUUCUUUCGCCCUUACGGAGGCUUGAUUUUGCCGAUACUUGUCGAAUAGGCCGCGUAGGGUUUUGGAAAUUUUCGGACUCGGGACUAAGUUAUGUUUUUGGAGAUUUCGGUUUGAUUGGAAUUGGCUAUGUUGAUGGCGGACGAUUGGUCGCAAGUUUUGGCUGUUGGUGAUCCGUCGACGGGCGACGAUGAUGUUAAUCUGUCUAUCGAUAUUCAGUCGUUGUGGGAAAUUCUCGAGGAGAGUCCCGGUCGCGAUCCUUCGCAGAAUAAUCCUGAGGAUUUAUCAAUCAAAAAAGAACAAGGUGAACCAUCUUCUUACGUUGGGAAUAAUGAAAUCUCAAUGAUUCAAUUGGGACUUGCGGAGUUGCAAAGUGCAUCUAUAUCUGGUGCUGAAUUAGCAGGUUCAGUUACAUUCUCUCCUUCGCAAAAUUCUGAAUCUUCAGAUUCUAGGGCCGGGCCUUCUGAUGGUUCAUUUGAGUCUGCUCGGAACUCUGUCAUGUCUGACUAUGGAAAGCAGGAACAUUCAGCACAGAUUAGUUCUCCAGCUAGCUGCUCUGGAAGUCUUGCAGAUUGGAUGUUGCCAAUUUCAAGUCAUGGUUCUUUAAGUGCAGGGAGUAAUGGAGUUAUGCAGGAUAUUCAAUCUUACGGGAGAGAUUAUCAUGAAGAAAUUCCCUAUGAGAUACCCAAUCGUGGUGCCACAUUUAGUUUUCCUGCUGGAGAUGAUUAUUAUGGUUCAGAUUUUAGGGAGGUCUUGAAUUCCAAUCAUUCUGAAGGAGAAGCUGAAUUUCAAUUCAAGCUUUUGGAGAGGGAUACUCAAUAUGGACCUGUGACUUCAGUUCUGGAGAAAUCAGAUUUGAAUCAUGGAAGGCAUUGUGAUUCAAGUGAAAAUAGCUUGAAAGGCUCAGGAACAUCAGAAACCAUGGAGACUCCUGUGAUGGAAUAUGAUGGAACUUUGCCAUGGGUUCUGGAUGAUAGUUUCAAUCUUCAAUAUAUGUCGAACAAUAAUGUUAUGACAAUGUACACAAAGGAUCAACUUGAUGAGGUGCUUCCAACUCAGAUUGAAGGCAUAUGCAGUGCUGCUAUGCGUGAGGCUCAGGUUAAAACUUCAUGUGGAGCAGACUUGGAGGCAUCAAUGACUGGUGACCCCAAUUUUAAUGGACUUAAUAUCAAAUGUGCAGGUUAUGAUAUUACAACUCUAACCAAGGAAAAUUCUUUAAAUGAAAUAGAUCAUAGGCCUAUUGUUAACCAUCCCUCAUCACGGCUAUCACCUCUUACUGUGUCAAGCACGCCUAGCAACAAACCUCUUUUUCAUCUAAAAGAUGAAAGAAAUAUUGGGCUGGUUUCAGCACAGGGAAUGGCAUAUUCAUCUUAUGAUGCGUCUGAUGAUACUUGUCAUAGAACAUCUCUCAGUAUUGGGUAUGAGUAUCCUGUUAGGAAAGGCUUAGAGCAAUUGUUGCCUCCUAUUUUGCCGUCCAUUUCAAGUAAGAAGCUUUUGGUUCACAAAAAGGAGGAAAAUCAAGAUCUGUUAUUGUUGUCUAAAAGAGCUCACCACACUCUUGCUAACAUUGAUGAAACUGUUCUUAGAAACCCAGUGGUUGCUGAUGACCAUUGUCUGGAAGUCAGGGCCUCAAAGCAGCGUUGUGUACAGCAGCUACAGCCAUGCACUGCAAUGAAGCAGCAGUUUGAUUGCAGAAGUGUAGGAAUAGACAGUACUCUGGUUCAACCUAAGGGAAUGGAUACUAAUCUUGCAAAAGUGAGUUGCCAAACAGUUCAGAGUAAUAUCAUGGUUAACAGUUACCAUUAUGAUGAUGACCCAGACGUAUGCAUUCUUGAAGAUAUCAGUGAACCUGCCCGCUCAAAUGUAUGUUCAAUGAAAAAGAGUUCCUUUAUUACUUCGCACCAUUCUACGUUUAGUGAUCCCCUUACUUACAUGGGAAUGGGAGGUGUGAAGCUUAAGGCCAAUGAUGAACGCCUUAUUUUUCGAGUGGUACUGCAGGAUCUUUCUCAACCAAAAACAGAAGCUACUCCACCAGAUGGUGUUUUGUCAGUGCCUCUUUUAAGACAUCAGCGAAUUGCUUUGUCUUGGAUGGUCCAGAAGGAGACAGCCAGCCCACACUGCUCUGGAGGAAUACUUGCAGAUGAUCAGGGACUUGGGAAAACAAUAUCAACCAUAGCACUUAUACUCAAGGAAAGGGCUCCACCUUCCCGAGUUUGUCUGGAAAACUUGAAGCAAUGUAAAAUGGAAACAUUAAAUUUGGAUGACGACGACGAUGACUGUGUGUCUGAUCCUGAUGGAUCAAAGGAGGAAGCCAAAUCAUGCCAAGUGUUGCCAAUUGGCUUCCCAAUGACGAGCAAGAACACUUCUGUGCAAGGAAAGGGUAGGCCAGCUGCUGGAACCCUUGUUGUAUGUCCUACGAGUGUCCUGCGCCAAUGGGACGAGGAAUUGCAUAAUAAGGUGAAUAGCAUAGCUAAUCUAUCUGUUUUAGUAUAUCACGGAAGCAAUAGAACAAAAGAUCCUUGGGAGCUGGCCAAGUAUGAUGUUGUCCUGACAACAUAUUCAAUUGUAAGCAUGGAGGUCCCUAAACAGCCUCUUGUUGAUAAAGAUGAUGAUGAGACUAGAAGGCUAGAAGCUGAUGGCGUUCCAUCUGUUGAACUUUCAUCCAGUAAGAAGAGGAAAUAUCCUGAUAAAAGAUCUGCAAAAGAUAAGAAGGGAAUUGAUAACAUUUCACUUGAAUCCACUGCUCGACCUCUUGCUAGGGUUGGCUGGUUCAGAGUUGUACUAGAUGAGGCACAGAGCAUUAAGAAUCACAGAACUCAAGUAGCUCGGGCUUGUUGGGGGCUCCGAGCUAAACGCAGAUGGUGCUUAUCAGGGACACCUAUUCAGAAUGCAGUUGAUGAUCUUUAUAGCUACUUCAGAUUUCUGAGAUAUGACCCAUAUGCUGUAUAUAAAUCGUUUUGCUCCACAAUAAAGGUCCCAAUUAAUAGGAAUCCAACAAAUGGGUACAAAAAGCUACAAGCAGUUUUGAAGACAAUAAUGCUGCGUCGCACAAAAGGAACACUUCUUGAUGGGGAACCCAUCAUUAACUUGCCACCAAAAUCAGUAGAAUUAAAAAAAGUGGAUUUCACAAAGGAAGAGCGGGAGUUCUACUGCAGACUCGAGGCUGAUUCCCGAGCUCAAUUUGCUGAAUAUGCAGCUGCUGGAACUGUCAAACAGAAUUAUGUCAACAUUUUGUUGAUGCUUCUCCGUCUGCGACAAGCUUGUGACCAUCCUCUUCUUGUGAGGGGAUAUGGCUCUCGUUCUGCAUCAUCUGUUGAGAUGGCAAAAAAACUUCCCAGGGAGAUGCAAGUUCGUCUCUUGAAUUGCUUGGAAGCUUCUUUGGCAAUUUGUGGCAUAUGCAAUGAUCCACCUGAGGAUGCUGUAGUUACAAGCUGCGGACAUGUUUUCUGCCAUCAAUGCAUCUGCGAACAUCUGACAGGUGAUGACAAUCAGUGCCCCAUCACAAACUGCAAAGCUCGACUAUGUGUCUCUUCAGUAUUUUCUAGAGCCACGUUGAAGUGUUCUCUCUCUGAGCAGUACAGUCAGAAUGAUACCCUGGAUUGUACUGGUUCUGAAGUAUCUGAGGAGCUUGUGCCUGGCUGUUGGAGUCACUCAUUUGAUUCCUCCAAAAUCAAGGCUGCUCUUCAGGUCUUACAAUCGCUUUCUAAACCGAACAAUUGUACACUGCAAACUGGCUCUUCAAAGGCCAAUGAUGCUGGUAUCACUGAUCUCCGAAACUCAUCUGAUACUCUUUCAAGAGGGGUGGAGCCGGAUAUGCUUGACAAAAGAGACUCUGAUUUGGUUAAAAGUGCAAAUGAAUUUACCAAAGUAGAGGGAGAGAAAGCAAUAGUCUUCUCCCAGUGGACAGGGAUGCUGGAUUUGCUUGAAACUUGUCUAAAAAAUUCUUCUAUUCAGUACCGGAGGCUUGAUGGGACCAUGUCUGUCGCUGCCAGGGAUAAAGCUGUGAAGGAUUUCAAAACUCUUCCUGAGGUGUCUGUUAUGAUUAUGUCUUUGAAAGCUGCUAGUCUUGGGCUCAACAUGGUGGCAGCUUGUCAUGUCCUGCUUCUGGACCUUUGGUGGAACCCUACAACUGAAGAUCAAGCAGUAGAUAGAGCCCACAGGAUUGGACAGACUCGUCCUGUUACAGUUUUGCGUUUGACUGUAAAGGAUACAGUUGAAGAUCGCAUUUUAGCACUUCAGCAAAAGAAGAGAGAGAUGGUGGCAUCUGCAUUCGGGGAGGAUGAGACAGGUAGUCGCCAGACUCGUCUUACAGUGGAGGAUUUGAAGUACCUUUUCAUGGCUGAUUAGAGACCUUUUCAUAGUUUAAAUGGGUGCCAAGAUUUUUGUUACCAGCGGCAUUAUCUCGACGGUCGGUGCUUUUUGACAAUAGAUUGUUAGGAGUAAUUAGAAAAGAAGGCUUCAGUUACAUUCUCUAACCAAUUGUCUCCCAGAUUGUGUUUUGGCAAUAGGAGGAUAGGAUUUGGAAUCUCAUAGUUACCAGUAAGUAAAUAUAGGAGCGGAACGGAGAUUCAUUCAUUCAAAUUGUAAAUGAUAGAUUUGUUACUGUUCAUCCCCCCCCCCCCCCCCCCCAACCAAAUACGGAUAGUACAAAGUGUUAGCUUGAUUGGUAAUUAUGAUCCCAUUUUCUUUUGUUGUAA